AUGUCCGCCGUGAAAUCUAUCUCUUCCUUCAGGCUCGCCUCUCUCCUCCGCCGCGAAAAUGAUCCCUCCGCCGCCAGCAAGCUUUUCCGAAACCCUGAUCCAGAACCAACGAACCCGACGAAAAAACCCUUCCGAUACUCGCUUCUUUGCUACGAUCUCAUCAUCACCAAACUCGGCAAAUCCAAGAUGUUUGACGAGCUGGAUCAAGUCCUCCUCCAGCUCAAAACCGAUACUCGGAUCGUCCCCACGGAGAUUCUAUUCUGCAAUGUGUUCAAUUUCUACGGCCGUGGAAGAUUGCCCAGUCGUGCGCUCCAAGUGUUCGACGAAAUGGCUCAAUACCGUUGCAAGCCCACUCUGAAAUCCGUCAACUCUCUCUUGAGCGCGCUCAUAAAGUGUGGAGCUUUCGACAAAACGAGAGAAAUCCUCUCGAGCAUUGAUCAAUUCGGUAAGCCAGACGCUUGUACGUACAACAUACUGAUCCAUGGAUACUCUCAAAACGGGUGUUUCGAUGAUGCCUUGAAGCUGUUCGACGAAAUGGUCAAGAGAAAGGUGAAGCCCACUGGCGUAACAUUCGGGACGCUGAUUCACGGGCUGUGCAAGAAUCUCAAGGUGAAGGAAGCGAUGAAGAUGAAGCACGAUAUGUUAAAAGUGUAUGGAGUUUCUCCCACUGUUCACAUUUACGUAUCGUUGAUCAAAGCUUUAUGUCAAGUUGGUGAAUUGAGUUUUGCGUUUAAGCUGAAAGAUGAGGCGUGUGAAGGAAAGAUCAAAGUAGACUCAGCUAUCUACUCUACGUUGAUUAGCUCUGUUAUCAAAGCUGGAAGAUCAAACGAGGUCUCGGGGAUCUUGGAAGAGAUGGAAGAGAAAGGAUGCAAGCUUGAUACAGUGACUUACAAUGUACUGAUCAACGGGUUCUGUGUUGAGGAUGAUUUGGAAUCAGCGUAUGGACUUUUGGAUGAAAUGGUUGAAAAGGGUUUGAAACCGGAUGUUAUCAGCUACAAUGUGAUACUCGGUGCCUUGUUUAGAAUCAAGAAGUGGAAAGAAGGGACUUAUUUGUUUGAAGAUAUGCCUCGGAGAGGUUGCGUUCCAGAUAUCUUAUCUUAUAGGAUAGUUUUCGAUGGGCUUUGCGAUGGUUUGCAGUUCGAAGAAGCAGCGGUUAUCUUGGAGGAAAUGGUUUUCAAAGGCUACAAGCCUCGCGGGGAUAGGCUUGAAGGGUUUCUGCAAAGGCUACGUGAGAGUGGGAAGAUGGAGAUUCUCGGUAAAGUUAUUAGUAGCUUGAAGAAAGGGAAUGAUGUUGAUGCAGAUGUUAUAAUGCAUACAAGAACAGAGUUUCGAUCGAUUGAUCCAGCAAAACAAGCUCCAUAUCUGUUGUUGGACUAUAGACAUGAAGUUGAUGGUGCUAUCUAA